AUCUCUUUAAAUGGGAUUGGUCUGUUUUGUGUGCGUGUGCAUGUGAGAGAGAGAAAGAGAGACAGCGCGAGUGGGAUGCAAGCUUUGUGUGGAGAAUCAGAAUGAACGGGCAUUAGAUGCUGUUAAAGUAUUAAUUCGCUGGUUUAAUAUAUCUUUCCAUUCCUAUAUGAAGUGAUAUUUUUCGGCUUUGGCGCUGAGAGAGGUUUACAGCUCUAUGGCAACAUCGGCAUAUCAUAUUAUCAUCAUCACCUCCGCAAGGAAAUAACGGGUAGAGCUGCUGGUAUAUUUAUUUAUUUACCCCUCAUGCGUCCUGCAACGUUGUUGGGAAACGCGAUCGAGCCAGGCAGCGAUAUUUUACUGGUCAUGGAUUAAUGCUUGUGUGAGCUGCAUAUGAAAGAAAGGCUUCCAAUGCUGAAUAUGUCCACUCCCAGUGACCUUAAGUCUCCCUGCGUGACACGGAACGGCAUGGUCAAGCUGCCCCCCCAGCCCAAUGGCCUCGGUUCAGCCAGCAUCACCAAAGGCACUCCUGCUGCCAAGAACCGCCUGUGCCAGUCCUCCUCUGUGCCCACCAUCCUGCCUCCCCCUAGCCUGCCCUAUCACCUGGAGCCCCUGCCCACAGCGGCCUCACUGCUGGGCCCUGACCUGGACACAAGCCCCGUGACUGCCAUCAAACCCCCCCUCAGGCAAUUCCCCAAGCUCCUGCUAGAGAGGCAACUGGUUCUGGAUGAGAAGGUACUGAACCGGCUCUUGUGGUACUUUACAACUGCCGAAAAGUGCAUACUCGCCCAGGUGUGCAAGACAUGGAGGAAGGUGCUCUACCAGCCCAAGUUCUGGGAGGGUGUGACACCCAUCCUGCAUGCCAAAGAACUCUACACUGUCCUGCCCAAUGGGGAGAAGGAGUUUGUUAGCCUGCAGGCGUUUGCUCUCAGAGGCUUCCAGUUAUUCUGUCUGGUUGGCGUCUCUGAUUUGGACAUUUGUGAGUUCAUCGACAACUAUCCGCUGUCAAAGAAGGGAGUCAAGUCUGUCAGUCUGAAGAGGUCAACUAUUACAGAUGCAGGACUUGAGGUGAUGUUGGAACAGAUGCAGGGGCUGAUGCACCUCGAACUGUCCGGCUGCAAUGACUUCACGGAGGCCGGUCUGUGGUCCAGCCUUAACGCGCGGCUUACCUCCCUCAGCGUCAGUGAUUGCAUCAACGUAGCAGACGACGCCAUAGCCGCCAUUUCCCAGCUCCUUCCCAACCUUUCAGAGCUCAGCCUGCAGGCCUAUCACGUGACAGACACGGCCAUGGCCUACUUCACCGCCAAGCAAGGCUACACCACCCACACGCUGCGCCUGAACUCCUGCUGGGAGAUCACCAACCAUGGCGUCGUCAACAUGGUGCACAGUCUGCCCAACCUCACCUCCCUCAGCCUGUCGGGCUGCUCGAAGAUCACUGAUGAUGGUGUGGAGCUGGUGGCUGAGAAUCUAAGGAAGCUCCGGAGCCUGGAUCUGUCCUGGUGCCCACGCAUCACUGAUAUGGCCUUGGAGUACAUCGCCUGUGACCUGCACAAGCUGGAAGAGCUGGUUCUGGACCGGUGUAUGCGGAUCACAGACACAGGCCUGGGUUACUUAUCAACCAUGUCCACUCUGAGGAGUCUCUACCUGCGCUGGUGCUGUCAGGUGCAAGACUUUGGUUUACAGCAUCUGUACAGCAUGAGGAGUCUUCGCCUUCUCUCUCUAGCAGGCUGCCCUCUGCUGACCACCACUGGCCUUUCAGGCCUGAUCCAACUGCAGGAUCUGGAGGAGUUGGAACUGACCAACUGCCCCGGCGCUACUGCCGAACUCUUCAAAUACUACUCCCAGCAUAUGCCGCGCUGCAUGGUCAUCGAGUAGAGCAAAGAGCUUCACGGGCGCCGGCACAAUCCACAUCACCAAAACCUCCUCCAACAGACUGAUGAUAAACCCAACUUCAUUCUGGACCCACAGGGAGGGAAACUGAAAAGAAGAAACUAUGUUUUUUUUUUCUGGAGGGGUGAAAUGUGAUCAUUGAUAUGAAAGAUAGAACGUCAUGAAAGUCGGAACAGGCCUUGACUGACGAGCAAGAGUGAAACUGUAAAAAGCAGAGUGGCUCAGAGGCUAGAUCUUUCAUUCAAUAACAUGACGCAUAGGAAACAUCCCCCACACAUCCAUGAACCAUGUUCCUCCACUGAACUGUGAGACUAGCUUCCAUGUCUCAUUCUACCGUGUUUUAUCUUGAAGUGACAAAGCUGUGUUGCUGAUUUGAACUAUCUCUCAUAUCCAGAGAAGGGUAGAGAAAGGGAGAGAUAGAGGAUCCAAGAAGUCAAAGGAAAAAAGAGGUAAAAGAGCCACUGCAACUGUGUCUCUUUGCUUUUGUCCAGCAGCAUCUAUUUUUUGCACCCCUCACUCCAUCUUGGUUUCAGAACUCUAGAGAUGAACAGCUACGUAAAAUUUCACAACAACGCUACUCGCUUGUCAUGCGGUUCUCAUUUUCAUUUUUGAAAUAUUUUUUUUAAGUAUUAUUUUUGAUGAUGAUAAGGAUUACUGUGCAACAUUUAUGGAAUGCGUUUGAGGUUUCAAACACUUCUGAAUGAGAUGGAAAUCAAGGUACGGUGAAGGUACAGUAUAACAAUGUACUGUUCUUUAAAAGGAACCAGCAUCAUCAGAAGUCAGAAGGUUAUUUUUGUCCCAGCAGAAUGCUCUUUUAAAGACAUUUCCACAUAUUUCACAUCCAGAACAUUUCGGAGAGCACGAAUGGAAUGGAACUGCUUCAUUUUUCUGUGGUUCAAAUCGACCGUGGUUUAUAAAAUAGAUAGCUUGGCUUUUUCAUCUGCCUGUUUUGUUUUAGUUCCAUUUUGAUGUCAUUUGAUAUUAGUGGCUUAUGAGCGGGUUUCCAUAUGAAUCCUGACUCAAAUGAAGAUGAGAGUGGGGCCACACGAUGGCCUUUCACAGACUGAAACUGAAACAUCAAUGCUAACUUGUCACUAGGCCAAACCAUUACAAGAGUGGACAGCAUGGCAGUUCUAUCAUUGUUUCUUACAGAAUGGGCUCAGUGUCUCUUUUAGCCCAGUGUAAACUAGUGCUUUUAAAUACAUCUGAUGAAUACAGUUUACAGUGAUUUGCAUUAAAUGCAGAGGUAGGCCAGUGUAAUUAAAGUGAUCACAAACAUCCCACACAAGCUUAUUACAGUAGUCUCUAUUCAUUUAGCUGUAUUGUUUGAAGAACGCAAAAUCCCUAUGUCUGCUUUUAGGUUUGUAGCUCCUCUUUUUUAUUGAUUUUUUAAGGUGUUACUGUCAGGUUCUUUAGUUUAGAAACCACCCUCACAAUUGUGCUCAUGUGGUUCCUAUCUCAUUGAAUGAUGGGUGCAUGGAAUACAGGUACGCAGGGGAUUCAUAGAAACAGCCAUUUGUUCUCUUCCAACCCAGACCUCCACCUUCUCACCCCAUACCAAACCCUACAUUUGUACUCUCAGGAGUUUAACAUGCUGCUCGGAUAAUCUCUGAUGGGUCUGCUUUGAUGUUGACCUUUAUGAAGAUACUGUUCAUGUACUUUACCAAGUUUCAACCUUAAUGCAUGCAAAGGAAACUAAUACGAUUAUGAUCAACUUGAAUGACAAAAUAUGACCUGCCAGGGUACACAAUUUUGGAGUCUUAGAUAAACUAAGAUAAACUGUUUUAACUAAAAUAAGACCUUAUACAGCAACAAAAUAUUUUCUUAAUAUUAAUUUUUGUCUUGUUUCCAGUAUAAAAAUUUGAACUUCCUUAAAAUAAGAUUACAUAUACAGAUAUUAAGGCUUGUUUUCAGAGAUUCUAUAUCUUGAGUUUAGUUUUCUUACCACACUGGCAAAAGUUUUUUCUUUCUUUAAGCAAACGUCUAACAAAAUUCUGUGAAUUUAGGGAGGUGUAUGCUUAUAACUGAACAAACAAACAAAUAAAAAAAUAAAAAAAACAUAAAAAUAUUCUUGCAAAAGUAAGAUUUAAAUAAAUGGUUUAAAAUAGAUUUAUUGAAAUCUGCUUAACUUUAUGUAUAAAAUGAAAAAUUAUAAUUUACCCAACUUUAUUGUUUAAAACCUAUGAAUUUUGUUGCAUUUUUUAAGUUUUAAAAGUUCAUA